CUGCAAGCCCGUGAGGAUUUGCUGCGAGUGAACCUGCCCCCCCCCUAGUCCCCCUCCUGUGGCCAAGCCUGGGUUAGGACCGGAAGCUUGCUGGGGCUUUACCUAAUACGCAUUAGCGUGUGGAAUUCCAAUCGGGGCCCGGCUAUCAGAGGCUACGGCAGCGGCGAGUCGUCGGACGACGCACCCGACAGGAAACGAUUCAUCGUGCUCCGAAUCGCCAGUGCCGUUACUCCUUGUCUUUUUCUUUCCCUACCCAUUCUCUCCCUCCAGGUCCGCCAAGUAUCGUCACAGUCAUGGCUUCAGUCGCACGCUGCAUGCGGGUCGCAAGACCAUCCGCCCUCUCAGCUUUCCGCCAGAGCGCCUGCGCCCGCCCGAUCCAGAGCUUCAAUGCUGCCAGGACAUUCUCCGUCACAGCUAUCAAACCCAUAAGGAAGUACACCAAGGACCACGAGUGGAUCGACCUGUCGGCCGACAACAAGACGGGCGUGAUCGGCAUCUCCGAGUACGCGGCCGAGGCGCUGGGCGACGUCGUCUACGUCGAGCUGCCCGAGGAGGGCCGCGAGGUCAAGGCGGGCGACGCCAUCGGCGCCGUCGAGUCGGUCAAGUCCGCCGCCGACAUCAACGCCCCGAUCGCCUGCCGCAUCACCCACGUCAACCUCGAGCUGGAGGAGAAGCCCGGCAACAUCAACAAGGUCCCCGAGGACGACAGCGCCGGCGGCGGCUGGAUCGCAAAGGUCGCCGUCGACGAGGAGGGCGUCAAGGACCUCGAGGCCCUCAUGGGCGCCGAGGAGUACCAGGCCUUCACGGCGGCCGAGGGCGACCACUGAGCAUGAGUGGCGGGCCAAGACGGGCGGGGGGCAUAUGUAGCAGCGGGGUGCGUGUGUGUGUGCGACGCGCGAUGUGAUGUACAUAAUACAUACGUCUGGGGAUUUUGCGGCAACAUGUGCAUGGCAGUUCAACCUGGUGAACCGGCAACUGAUUUAACAUUUGCACAAGGACAGGCGUUUUCAAGCUGGCGAGGACGGGGCCCAGGUCUCGCGCGGUUGGGCAUUGGCAACAAAAAGAUUCUCGGCUCGCUUGCUUGCUCUCUGGAUGCGUUAGAAAUGAGGCAAGGUAUCUAAGUCUAAUAGAAGUUGCAAUGCAGCCAAGGUCCUUUUUUUUUCGUUUUGUUGUCUGUCGUCAAUCAUCACGCCGCCGGUUGCACAGGAGCAGCAGCAGAUGUGCCAGCCGGUGUCUCCGCCCUCGUCUUGUUGAUUGCCUCAAGUAUCUUGCCGGCGCCCUGCUCCACGAGGAUCGAGGCGACCUUGUGGCCCAGGUCCUCCGCCGCCCUCGCGUCCGAUACCUCCUGUGUGACCUCGGUCUCGGCGCCCUGUGACCCGUCCAGGCUGACGACCGUGGCCCUCAUCCUCAGGGCCUGUCCGCUGCCGCCCUCCCCAGGCACCCAGUCCGUCUCGACGCCGAUCGGCACGCUGCAGCCGCCCUCGAGCGUCCGCAUGACGGUCCUCUCCGCCUCGCACGCCAGCAUCGUCUGCGUGCACAGCACGGGCUUCAGCAGGCCCAGGGUGGCCUCGUCGUCGGAGCGCACCUCGAUGCCCAGGGCGCCCUGGCCGACGGCGUGCAGCAUGCCGCCGCCCUCGCUCGCGGAGUCGAGGUACUGGCCUAUGCGGUGGCCGCAGUCCAUGCGCAGCAGGCCCGCGGCGGCGAGGAUGAUGGCGUCGUAGCCGAGGGUCUCGUCGUCGCACUUGCGCAGGCGCGUGUCAAUGUUGCCGCGCACGUCCUUGAACACCAGGCCCGGGUACCUGCGGCGCAGCUGGGCGGACCGGCGCACGCUGCUGGUGCCCACGACGGCGCCCUCGGGCAGGUCCGCCAGCGUCGCGUACCGGCCGGCGUGGCCGGCGCGGAAGACGACGACGUCGCGCGGGUCCUCGCGCCUCGUCACGCAGCCCAGCACGCAGCCGUCGGGCAGCGAGGUGGGCAUGUCCUUGAGCGAGUGGACGAUCAUGUCGAGCUCCGGCGGCGAGCUGGUCAGCAUGGCCUCGAGCUCCGAGGUCCACAGCCCCUUGCCCAGGUUGGGCAGCGGCGUCGUCUUGUCGCGGUCGCCCAUCACCGACACCGUCACCGUCUCGAAUUUUACGUGCGGGUGCGUCUUGGACAGCUCUGCGAUGACGAUCUCGCACUGCUUCAGCGCCAGGCCUGACCGCCGCGUGCCCACGCGGACGGUGGUGACGGGUGCGUCUGCCACGGCUGCCAUUGUGUCGGUUUUUGUUUGCCGGGUCUGCACGGAAUGAGCGGUUGGAUUGGGGAGGGGAAGAGAGUGCAAGGAAACCGCUGCUCAAUUGACAGACAAGCUGUGAGAAUGACCCCAAUGGGUUGUUGCUGUGUGGCUUGUGUGACGAGAGAGGUGACAGGCCUUCAACGUCGGGACUGCAUCGGCG